AUGAAAUGGCUCUGUUUGAGCACAGUAGCGAAAUGUAAAGACGUAGCUGCCAAUAAACCUGAGAUUAUGACAACCAGACGGAGAUCAGUCAAAACGUCGUCAACCAACAAGAAGUUCUACAAUUCCAUAGAUAUUCGAACUAGGAAGGCCCAGCAGAAUACAGAACAACGAAAUGGAGAUAAUGGAAUCGCACACGUCGAGAUACUAGCAGGAACUCCUAACCUUCUCAAGGCUCUGUUUAGUACACACUCUGGAAGCGUCUCAAACUGGGAUCUACUGGCCGUUCAAGCAUCCCUUAACUAA